CGGUCUAACCUUGCGAACUUAUCUGUCAAAGUGAAAGUGUCCCUAACAUGUUGAAAGUGUAAAGUCAAAGUGUACAUAAAGUGGUGUACUGUGAGUGUCGAAAGUUCAAUUAUGAACAGGUGUUGUCCAAUUUGCUGGAACAACACGCGAUGACCUUUCCAUUUUGCAGAUUAUGAAGCCCUGGAUGGGGCAGAGCCUCGUUCAGGCGCUAUGUGGAGCGUGGGUGUGUGUCUACUCACACAAAUAGUUGUGUGCCAGUUCGCUACUGAAGACCCUCCAACAUCAUCAACGGAGGAAGACCGGACUGUGACAUCAUUCUACGCCCUCACCACGGGCAUAGUUCCUUCCCCUAUUAUGCUUCGUCUUGGGAAUUCCACCAUUGACAGCACCAAGUCCUUCAAAGUGCCACAGCCUACCCACCUGCCUACCGAAGCAAACACCGCAACAGAAAAGACCUUACCGAAAAUUGAUGUCCCCAUUGUACCGCAUGUGGUCUCAGUGAAGAACAUAUAUUUUGACCAUGACAGUCGGUAUGGGCCAACGUUUGAAGAUGGAAAGGAUGGGAAUAUAACCAAAAUUACGGUACAAUUAGGAGAAGACGCGCAUUUGAAUUGCAGGAUUCAUCUGCUGCAGGAUAAGACGGUAUCCUGGGUCCGUCGUAGAGGGAGAGAAGAAAUGCCAGAGCUUCUAACAGUGGGGGCAGUAACCUAUGCAGCGGACAACAGGGUGUCUGUGGCAAGGAGGUAUCCUGGAAAUUGGCGAUUGCUAGUCAGGGAAGUAAAACCUGAUGAUGAAGGUGUCUACGAAUGCCAGAUCUCUACACACCCGCCCCGAGUGAGCCGUAUCUACCUUCACAUAAAUUCUCCUCAAGUAUGGGUGGUGGAUGAAGCUGGGGCGCCACUCUCUGAGAAGUAUUACGAGGCUGAAUCUACUCUGGCGCUAGUCUGUCGGGCUAGAGAUGUAGAGACGCCAACGGUGCUCACCUGGCUUCACGAGGGCAGAGCUCUCAAUGCUGACACCACUAGAGGGGGGAUCAAUGUGAAGACAGAGCAGGUUCCUGGUGGCGCAGACAGUCUGCUAAGACUGGCGAGAGUCAACAGCAGCGACGCCGGGAACUACACGUGUGCCGUGCGAGGGGCCCGCUCUCAUACUGUUGCGGUUCAUGUCCUCAACGAAAGCCUAGCAGAACUACACGCCGGCGCCACAUCCAAGCCGCCAUCUUUGCUGACAAUUACUACGUUACUAGUAGCAGUUAUCAUACUAGCCGAGCGGUCACUGCUACUUUCACCUGUGAUUAUGUUCGCGGCACUAGCCACGAUGUCUCUGGCCCAAGGCCUACCAAAUGAUCACUUUAUGGUACUGUUACCUACGUGAUAAGAAUUAAGUGUAAAUAAUAAUUUGGUUAUAAUGUAA